AUGGCUUCAUCGGAGAAAGAGCUUCAACGCGAGAGCGAACAAAAUGAAACGUCCAUUGACCCAGCCAGCCAAGUGUACCCUUCGGGUUAUAAACUCGCAAUCAUACUUAUUUCCCUUUAUAUUGGCAUGUUCUUGGUAGCCUUGGACAGGCUUAUCAUCUCGACUGCCAUACCAUCCAUUACCAACGAAUUCGACACGGCAAACGAUAUUGGCUGGUAUGGUACAGCUUUCUUGCUCACUAACUGCGCUUUCUUGCCGGUAUUUGGAAAAUUAUAUACGCUUAUGAAUGUUAAGACUACCUUUAUGAUGGCUAUCUUACUGUUCGAAAUUGGAUCGGCUAUUUGUGGUGCAGCACCUAAUUCGAUCGCUUUUAUAAUCGGUAGAGCAAUCGCUGGAAUAGGGGCUGGAGGCGUUCAGUCCGGCGUUGUCACUAUUAUCGUAUAUGCCGUACCGCUAGAGAAACGGCCAAUGUACCAAGGUCUCUUCGGUGCUGUGUUCGGGGUCUCGUCAGUGCUAGGUCCGUUAGUCGGCGGCGCCUUUACUACGAACGUUACUUGGAGAUGGUGCUUUUAUAUUAACCUACCCAUCGGAGGCGUCGUGAUGGUGUUUAUCUUCUUCUUGCUUCACAUCCCUGAUCGCUCUAACACUAAGCAUACUCUAAAAAGCAAACUGCAGCAGCUCAAUAUUGAGGGACAAGCCGUUCUCAUUCCCGGAGUAAUUUGUCUAUGUCUGGCUCUCCAAUGGGGUGGUUUUACGUAUAGUUGGAAUGAUGGGCGAAUUAUUGCUUUGCUAGUGCUUGCUUUCGCCCUUUUGAUCGCUUUCAUCUUAAUUCAAGUUUGGAGGCCGGAACGAGCUACGGUACCGCCGCGUAUUUUUAUUCAGCGAAGCAUUUAUAGUGCUUUCUUCGUGAGCUCUUGCCUUGGCGCGCAGCAGACGUUAAUUCUCUAUUACCUUCCCAUAUGGUUUCAGGCUGUCAAAGGGGAUUCAGCCGUCGAGAGUGGCAUUCACCUUCUGCCUCAGGUGCUUGCUCUUGUUAUUGCGUCUAUUCUCACUGGCGUACUAACGACCCGUAUCGGCUAUUACACGCCCUUCGUGAUCUUUGGUAUCUGCCUCAUAGCGGUUGGCUCUGGCCUAAUUACCACCCUUCAAGUUGACUCAACCGUAGGCCAAUGGAUUGGUUAUCAAAUCCUGUUCGGCUGGGGGUUUGGCAGCUGUAUCCAGGCACCUAAUAUGGCUGCUCAGACGGUGCUGCCGCGCGACCAAGUGUCCAUCGGUGCUUCGCUUAUGCUUUUUGCCCAGACACUCUUUGGUGCCAUCUUCGUUUCAGUUGGACAAAACGUCUUGGUCGGCCAACUAUCCACACGCCUUGCCGGUAUCCCGGGCUUCGACUCUCAAAAGAUUGCAGGCGCCGGCGCUACCGACCUCUUGAACAUUAUUCCCUCUGAGUACCUUGCCACUGCAUUGGAAGGCUAUAAUGAAUCCCUGCGCGUAUGCUUCCAAAUCUCACUCAUCAUAUCUUGCCUUUCCAUCUUUGGUGGGCUUGGCAUGGAAUGGCGCAGUGUGAAAAAGCAGAAGGAGGAUUCUCCGCCAACCUCAGAAAGUAGUCUGUAA